GCGAGCUGAAGCUCUGAGUUUCUAUUAAAUGAACACACACAUCUGACUGAACUCCCUUCAGUUUCUGUGCACUGGGAUCUGUUCAGGAUGACACCUCUCCUCUGCAACGCCUGCCUCAUCUUGCCUGUUGCUUUACAUCUGCUGCUUGUCCCCAGUCCAUGUUCUGCUGCAGCCACAAAGAAGUGCAGCUCCAUCUAUAAAGGGUUUGCACAGUGUCUGCUUGCCCUAGGAGACAGUCUGUCUAUCAGUUCCCAAAAAGACGAGGAUACACAGGAGAUCGACUCUAUUUGCAAAUCCUGGGAUGAUUUUCAUGACUGUGCAAAUGUGGCCAUGGCCGGCUGCCCUGAGGAGGCCGCUGUGGUGUGGGAGUCUCUGAGACAAGAGUCCAAAAAGAUGCAGUUUUCUGGAAACCUGUAUGAGAUGUGCUCCAGUCGUAGCCAAUCAGCAGCUGCCUCUGAUUCCCGAAGCCCCGAUGAGACCAAUCAGGAGUCGUUAAAGGGACGCGCUAGUCAUACAAGCCUGACCUUUCUGACCUUCUGUUUGCCUGUGCUACUACUGUUUCCAUGGAUAUAAUCGCAUCUCAAGCCUCAUCUCAGAGUUCAAAUAUUCAGCACAUAGACAACAAUACUGACUGGUUUGGUUCUGACAUUUUCAUGUAGUAGAAUAAGAUUCAUUUUAUGCUUCAAAUCCAAAUUUUUAGAACAAAAAGAAUGUCAUUUGGACACUUGUUUUCAACAAACACAUGUUUUCAGGUCCCAAUGCUUGCUUUUAUUAUUUAUUUAUUAAAUAGCAAACUUCAUUUUAAGCACAAAUUUCAUUCAUAGGAGGACCAAAAUGCAAACAAGUCCAGGCCUGAUGAGGACAAAUCAAAGAUGGCAAAAAGGCAUUUCCAAACAUUCGAACCCCUUCAUCUAAGAGGAAAUUAAAUGAAGGUCUACUGCAAUACAUUAUCACAUCGGUGAGCUAUGAGUAUCAAAGCAAUUUAAAGAGCCCUCAAAACUGUUAUUAUUUCACUGUGUAGUGUAAUCUUCUUUUGUAGGAUCCUGAGAGGAUUAAGUUUAAGGAUUACACCAAAUAAAAGUAAAUCUAAGCAACACGGCUCACCUACAGGCUUUGCCUGGGAACAGGAUUGUCAGACUUUUUAGUCUGUAGUCUGAAUGCCUUUGGGUGACGGUUUAAUCCCAAUUUAUUAAUGACGGGUUCAUUGAUUCAGUUUAACGAACAGCACAGCGUUACGCUUCAAGGUGUUUUUGUACUAGUCUGUAUCAGUUGAUGUUGGUUAGAGUACUGUGUAUAUAUUGUAUAGUCUUACAUUAUACAUUGCUCAUAGCUACUUUUUUUAUUUUUUCAAAUAUGUGUAUUUGUAAUGACACAAGAUGGAUUCGCUUCAAAAAAUUACGAUGGUGCAGUAAUGUAAAUAUGACCGAUAUGCUGUAAAGAAAAGCUUUAUGUGAAUAAGUAUGUUAUCAUUUAGUGCAUAAUGAACAGAUGAGGCAAAUCAAUGGAGGUGAACGCAUUAACAUCAAUAAGAUCAAAUUGUGAAUGAUUAUCACCAUAAAUAUGAGCACACAGUGUAUUCCUGCGGAUACAUGACUUUGGAGUUUUUUCCCUGGAUCAGCUUUCAUGACUUUCCCUCAACACUGUGCUCUGCUCCGCUCAGCGGAUUCCUCAGUCAAUGUGAUUUAUGUUUAAUUUUUAGGCUUAAUUGGCAAUCAAUCAUGUUUGCCAAUGCAGUGAACUUAUUAAGGAGGGCAAAAGUCAUUUAUUUAGUCAGAAAAAAACUUUAAUAGGGGAGGGUUGCCGCUUAUGUCUCAAAUUUUGCUUUUGUGUGGUAGAUUGCUUUUCUUUGAUUCCAAAUCCAAUUCCACUAUUGUCAUAGCCAGUGAAUGUAGUACAAUAUAAUGAAAUAAUAUAUAGUAAGGGCUAAUAUGUACCAAUUUUAAGUGUACAUCACUCCUUGCUACAUUGAGCUCAUUAAUACCUCCCUUAUUAAUAAUGUUUAAUAAUAUAUCGAGA